UUCUUGUUUUAAACAAUGAAAUCGAAUUUGUUUUUAUUUAUUUAUCUUAUUAAGUGUUUUUUACACAAAUCCGAAUCAACAGUUCUGGAGCGAGAGACUACCGUGGAACAAGAUGAUCACAUCACGAUUGUAAAAAAAUACGAUUUUAUAGUGGUCGGUGCAGGAAGUGCUGGAUCAGUUGUGGCUAAUAGACUAUCCGAAAUAUAUGAUUGGAAUAUAUUAUUAAUUGAAGCUGGUCAAGAUGAAGAACCAUUUAUGGAUAUUCCAGCAGCAGCUGGAAAAUUACAGCCGAGGUCUAUAAAUUGGAAGUAUACAACGGUCCCUAUGAAUAAUUCUUGCUUAAGUUUUGAUGACCGUCGGUGUAAAAUUCCAAGAGGAAAAGUUAUGGGUGGUAGUAGUACAUUGAAUUAUAUGAUUUAUACGCGUGGUAAUAGAAUGGAUUACGAUAAUUGGGCAAAUAUGGGCAACACAGGAUGGAGCUAUGAUGACGUUCUAAAAUAUUUCAUUAGAUCAGAAAAUACAAAUGUCCCUGGUGCUGAUCCAGGUUAUCAUGGACAGAAUGGAUUGUUAUCGGUGACCGACGUACCAUACAGGACGCCCUUAGCGAAAGCUUUUGUGGACGCUGGAUCACAGAUCGGAUUGCCUAUCAUCGAUGUCAAUGGUGAAAAACAAGUCGGGAUUAAUUAUUUACAGGUUACUAUGAAGGAUGGUCGUCGUUGUAGUACAAAUACAGCCUUUUUGCUUCCAACAAAAAAAAGAUUGAACUUGCACGUAAAAAAGCAAAGCACUGUAACAAAAAUAAUAAUAGAAAAAAGUACAAAUAAGGCAAUAGGAGUGGAAUUUGUAUCGAAUCGUAAAAAAUAUAGAGUGUAUGCACGCAAAGAAGUAAUUGUUUCUGGCGGAACUAUAAACUCGCCACAGUUACUCAUGUUAUCGGGGAUCGGACCGAAAGAACAUCUGAAAGAUAUAAAAAUUCCACUGAUAAAAAACUUGCCGGUUGGUAAAAAUUUGAUGGAUCACGUGGCACUGGGAAGUUUGAGCGUUUUGAUAAAUGAUACUAUUUCAUUAAAAACACAAAGAUUAAUGAGAGAUCCGCUUACUUUAUACAAUUUUCUCAUAAAUAAUAACGGCCCAUUAACAAUACCAGGUGGUGCAGAAGCAUUGGCAUUUUUCGAUUUAGACCGACCGGGAUUCGCAGACGGACACCCGAACUUGGAACUACUUUUAGUAUCUGGUCUAUAUUCGGGCGAUGACUUAACACAUACGUUGUUUGGUUUGAAAGCAGACAUUUAUAACGAAGUAUACAAGCCCACUGAAAAAAUGGACGGUUUUACGGUAUUCCCAAUGAUUAUGCGACCAAAAAGUAAAGGUCAUCUAUGGUUGGAAAACGCUAACCCCUUCCAUUAUCCACUGAUCGAUCCAAAUUACUUUGCGGACGAAACGGACUUGGACGUGGCCGUAGCCGGGGUGCGGAUUUUCCAACAGAUGUUGAAAACCAACGCAAUGAAGAAGCUCAACGCCACGUUGUUCGACACCCCGUUGCCCGGUUGCGCCCGGCACAAGUUCGAUUCCGACGCGUACUGGAAGUGCUCGGCGAGACAAAUAAGUUUCACCAUCUAUCACUUGUCGGGCACGUGCAAAAUGGGACCGGUGGGCGACCCCACGGCCGUGGUGGAUCCCAGAUUGCGCGUACACGGCGUAAAAGGCCUGAGAGUCAUCGACGCGUCGAUAAUGCCAGAAGUUCCGGCAGCGCACAUCAACGCUCCGACGAUUAUGAUCGGCGAAAAGGGCGCGGAUAUGAUUAAAGAAGACUGGGGUAUUAGAAUAUAGAGUAAACAUUAUUAAUUUAAAAAAAAAAUUAGUU